GCCUGGGUGUAUGUGUGUGUGGUGUGUAUGUGUGUGUGAGUGUGUGUGCGUCCGCUAGCGGCCUACCAUCAAAAACUACCGGUCUACGCUUCUUAUUCUUUUCUCUUUCAUUAGUUUCUGCAACCGUACAAACCAUAGAACAAGUCGAAAAGAAGGGAGGUUUCAACCAAAGAGAAACGAAGAGAAAAUGGCGACACCAAUCGUUGUCUUCGUGACGCUUGGCAUCUUCAACUUUAUCUCUAGUAUCAUUCAAGGUGUCGCGGGUAUUGGCGAUGCCAUCUUUAUGCAGGUGCUGUGGUUCCUCGCCACCGGGCUGUGGCCGGAGGCGUUCAGCAACACCCCGCUGGGCACCGAGCCGGUCCGGGUGGUGGCCCUGAUCAUGUACGUCCGUUUGCUCUUCAUGUCGCCGCUGGUGGUGUACUUGGGCUUGAAUGAUAGCAUCUUCUCCAGGUCCAUGACCAUCAUGAUGGCGGUCCCCAGCACCAUCCUCUCCAUUAUUGGUGUGCUGCUCUUCAAGAAACUGAACGGCGCUGUUCUGAAACAAGUUCUGGGCAUCACCAGCUUCAUCUUUGCCAUCGCGUACCUCUGCAUUAUCAUCUACCGUAAGUGGCGCAAGACGCGACAGGUGCAGGAACUCCGGGCGCGUCACGUGAAACUCGUCGUGGAGGCGGACGCGUUGGCUGAGGAGGCGCAGCGGAGCCUUAACACCAGCAUUGUGCACAUGCAGUCGAGCUUUGUGCUGAACGCGCCGAACAACAGCAUCUUCGUGUCGCACCCACCGAACCCAAGCGGGGCAGCCGGCGGCCAGCCGAACAUGGCUGCCCUCGCCCGCAACAUGCCCUUCAUUAGCCAGUCUAUUCAGUCCUCCCUUCCGGACCACCAUCUGGAGAUGCCGGGCGCGACGGUGAUCGCAGAGAACACGCAGGCGAUUGUGGUUGACGCCCGCACCGGUCUGCCGGCGGACACGACCGAGGCCUUCCUCAGCACCAUCGGUGGAGAAGUCUUCGUCGCACCGGAGACGCAGGAGCCACACGUGAACGAGGAGAACGUGCCGCCGCUGACCCCGUCGAAGAUUUCGCCGUCGCGGACCAUGACCUACACCCGUGUCCGCAUCAACCGCAACAUUGACGCAAACGGAAAGAUCAAGAUGAACACGAAGAUUGGCGCGGCCGUGGCGGCAUCCGUGGCGGGCAUCAUGGCCUCGCUGACUGGUGUGAAUGCGCCGCCGCAGAUUAUCUUCAUCCUCCUGUACGACGCACCGAACUACAUUGUUCGGGUGAACUUCAGUGCCCAGUCAAUUCCCAGCAACGUGAUUCGGUUCUUCAUGGCCGUUGCACAAGGGUCAUUCAUGUGGGAAAUGGCACCGUUGCUGAUCGACGUGGUCGUCUUCGGCUUUGCUGGUGUCUUCGUGGGCAACAAGAUCGGCCGGCUCCUCGGUCCCCGCAGCUUCAACGUGUUUGUGCUCUGCCUCCUCCUCCUCUGCUCGCUAGCCAUGAUGGGGCAUUACGAGAAGCUGCUCAUCGCCGCGACGGGGCUCACUGUUGUUAUCACGGUGGUCUGCGGCUACCUCGAGAACAAGAAGAACAAGCCCAUCGUGGAGAAGCAGCGCCUAUCGGAGCUGGAGGUGGAGAAGCGGCUGUACGACUGCCUGGAGGAGCUGCAGCGCAACAACAGCAGCUUCGCCGCACGCACAGCCUCCUCACCGACGAUGAGCCUCGAGUACAUGCAGCGCGCAACGCGGCCGAAGCCGAUGUGGGGUGGUACGAACUUCGACAACGAUGACGAGAGUAACAACGCCGCUGCGGUCAAGGAGGCCGGGCACGGCGUUUCGACGGCGGAUGGAGAAGACCGCGGGUUGUUGUACGGCGAGGGGGAGGCGGGGGAGGCAGAGAAGACGCUGCAUUCCACUACCCUUCCCCCGUCGUCUGCGGCACACACAGCAGCUGACGGCGGGCUCAAUGCGGGCGACGCUCCGCACAAGCAUGUCACGGUGACUCGUCCCGAUGAGAAGACCGCCGCUCACGCCACCCCUGCAGCUUCUGCCUCUCCUCCUGCUGCUGCUGCUGCUGCCGCCAUCCGCCCCGUUGAGGAGACGGACGUGCGCACCGUGCCGGCCGUGUUGGAUGCCGUCAGCGGCCAAAACGGCAUCAUCAGCGUUCACAGUAGCACUAUGAGUAGCAGCGGCAGCGGUGGCAGCUACGGUGGCGCAGCGCGCCGUCCAACUGCAGCUCCUCCGGCAGCGGAGACAGGUGCAGAGCAGCUGUACCGCCCUGAGCGUCAAUCGCCGUCGCUGCGCAGUCUGAACAGCAGCGUGCAAAAUAUGCCAAGUGAUGACGACGGUGUGCAGAGUCGUUGA